CUCGCCUGUUACUCGGUCAAUUAAUUUAGCGGCCCCAAAACAAAUGCACGCGAAAAAUCCAAAUGAGAGCACAUUGCGACAGAAGUGGUGGCAAAUAUGUUGCUUCUUUCCUUCUCUCGCCUGUUUCUCAGUCAAUUAAUUUCAUGUAUUCACAAUAGCACCCGAGAAAGAGAAGAUUAGUGGUAGUGGUUUUGGACUUGUUGAUUAACUGAAAACUUCCACUUCCUAAGCAGUGAGAGAGAUGGUGGUUAUGGAGUCUCUGCCUCUUCGACUGUUUCCCAAGUCUUCUUCGCUCGCUUCUGGUGGAAAUUGUGGGCGGAGUAACAUUUUUAAAGUGGGUCACUCUCCAACAUCAGUCAGAGUUUCCAGGUGCAGAACAUGGAACGUCCUAGAAAGACAUUAUUUUGCGAAGUCUCAGCAUCAUCAAAUGAAGCAUCACCUUAGACGUAUUGUGGAAAGAUCUAUCAUCUAUCAGAAAAGUGAUGCCCAUUUCUUGGUGCAUGCCACCUCUGGACAGCCUCUUGAAUCUGAGCCAGAUGCUUAUAGUCCUAAGAGUACUUCAAAUUCUAUUCUCAAUGCAUUAGAUGCUUUCUAUAGAUUCUCACGUCCUCAUACCGUUAUAGGAACAGCUUUGAGCAUCUUAUCGGUUUCCCUCCUUGCAGUAGAGAAACUCUCAGAUCUUUCUCCACUGUUCUUCACAGGGGUUUUGGAGGCUGUUGUUGCCGCCCUCUUGAUGAAUAUAUACAUAGUUGGUUUAAAUCAGUUAACUGACAUUGAAAUAGACAAGGUUAAUAAGCCAUAUCUUCCACUGGCAUCUGGAGAGUACUCGGUGGGCAUUGGUGUCAUGAUUAUUGCGUCCUUCUCCAUGAUGAGCUUUUGGCUCGGGUGGGUUGUUGGUUCUUGGCCAUUGUUUUGGGCUCUUUUUGUCAGUUUUGUUCUUGGAACAGCAUAUUCAAUCAAUUUGCCGCUGUUGAGAUGGAAAAGGUUUGCAUUUGUUGCUGCAAUGUGCAUCUUAGCUGUCCGGGCAGUGAUUGUUCAACUUGCCUUUUAUCUGCAUAUGCAGACCCAUGUGUAUGGAAGACCUGCUGUCUUUUCCAGGCCUCUAAUUUUUGCAACUGCAUUCAUGAGCUUCUUCUCAGUUGUUAUAGCAUUAUUCAAGGAUAUACCUGAUAUUGAAGGGGAUAAGAUAUUUGGUAUCCGUUCCUUUACAGUGCGCUUGGGCCAAGAGCGGGUUUUCUGGACCUGUAUUUCUCUUCUUGAAAUAGCUUAUGGUGUUGCUAUUCUAGUUGGAGCAGCAUCUUCCCACACUUGGAGCAAGUGUAUCACGGUUCUGGGGCAUGCCAUAUUGGCUUCAAUACUGUGGAACCGUGCUAAAAGUGUUGAUCUCAAGAGCAAAGCUGCUAUAACUUCCUGUUACAUGUUUAUUUGGAAGUUAUUUUAUGCAGAAUACUUGCUUAUACCACUUGUAAGAUGAGCAUGUGAAGCAUUAUGGAGAGAAAGAAACAGCAGUCUAGGGAAAUGGAGUGUUCUACUGAAACAUUGAAGCUCGAUGAAGGACCACAUCAGAAAGAGGAAAUGCAGUUUGCCUUGCAGGUUCUGUAUACCUAUCAUUUAUCUCAAACCGAUUGUUAUGUUGGGGUAAAAAAAGGCAAUUGCUAUGGUUAUGGCAUUUUAUUCAUACAAAAUUUAUCAUUUGCAUUAGAAUCGUUUUCUUGUUGCAGCUUGCAAGAUUAAUUUGAAGUUUGUGUUUUCGAGUAAUUGUAUACUGUUUAUUAUUAUUAUUAGAUGAAUACAUGUGCAUUAGACUAA